AGUGGGCGGGGCCCCGCCCCACGCAGGGGGAGUUUGUGUAUUUAGGAGAAACCACUGAGAGGAGAGCUCUGGAGGACCUGGCAGUCUAGAGGGGCCGGGACGCCUCAUUGCUAGCGCGCGUUUCCGUUUCCGUUAGGAUAUUGGCGGUUAGUGAGCAUCAUGGCAACCGUGCCAGCCACGACCAAGGUACCAGAGAUCCGAGAUGUGACGAGGAUCGAGCGGAUUGGGGCCCACUCGCACAUCCGGGGACUGGGGCUGGACGAUGCCUUGGAGCCACGGCAGGCUUCCCAGGGCAUGGUGGGGCAGCUGGCAGCGCGACGGGCGGCCGGUGUGGUGCUGGAGAUGAUCCGUGAGGGGAAGAUUGCGGGACGGGCGGUCCUCAUCGCCGGCCAGCCGGGCACGGGAAAGACAGCCAUCGCCAUGGGCAUGGCGCAGGCCCUGGGCCCUGACACCCCAUUCACUGCCAUCGCGGGCAGUGAGAUCUUCUCCCUGGAGAUGAGCAAGACAGAGGCACUGACGCAGGCCUUCCGGAGGUCCAUCGGCGUGCGCAUCAAGGAGGAGACAGAGAUCAUUGAAGGGGAGGUGGUGGAGAUCCAGAUCGAUCGGCCAGCCACGGGGACGGGAUCCAAAGUGGGCAAGUUGACCCUGAAGACCACGGAGAUGGAGACCAUCUAUGACCUGGGCACCAAGAUGAUCGAGUCACUGACCAAGGACAAGGUCCAGGCUGGGGACGUGAUCACCAUCGACAAGGCCACAGGCAAGAUCUCCAAGCUGGGACGCUCAUUCACACGUGCACGUGACUAUGACGCCAUGGGCUCGCAGACCAAGUUUGUACAGUGCCCCGAUGGGGAACUGCAGAAGCGCAAGGAGGUGGUGCACACCGUGUCCCUACAUGAGAUUGACGUCAUCAACUCGCGCACACAGGGCUUCCUGGCACUCUUCUCAGGCGACACUGGUGAGAUCAAAUCCGAGGUCCGCGAGCAGAUUAAUGCCAAGGUGGCCGAGUGGCGUGAGGAGGGCAAGGCAGAGAUCAUCCCUGGCGUGCUAUUCAUCGAUGAGGUGCAUAUGCUGGACAUCGAGAGCUUCUCCUUCCUCAACCGGGCCCUGGAGAGUGACAUGGCACCUGUCCUGAUCAUGGCCACCAACCGUGGCAUCACCCGCAUCCGGGGCACCAGCUACCAGAGCCCCCACGGUAUCCCCAUCGACCUGCUGGACCGCCUGCUUAUCGUCUCCACAACCCCCUACAGCGAGAAGGACACCAAGCAGAUCCUCCGAAUCCGGUGCGAGGAGGAGGAUGUGGAGAUGAGUGAGGAUGCGUACACGGUGCUAACGCGCAUCGGCCUGGAGACAUCCCUACGCUACGCCAUCCAGCUCAUCACGGCUGCCAGCCUGGUGUGCCGGAAGCGCAAGGGCACAGAGGUGCAGGUGGAUGACAUCAAACGGGUAUACUCGCUCUUUCUGGAUGAGUCACGCUCCACGCAGUACAUGAAGGAAUAUCAGGACGCCUUCCUCUUCAAUGAACUAAAAGGCGAAACCAUGGACACAUCAUGAGCCUAUGGCAUCUUGCCCCCACCUACCCGGCUCCUGUUUUCUACCGUAGCUCUGUUGUUGACUUUGUAUAAAAUGGUUCUGACACUGGA